AUGUCGGAAGAAAGCAUAGACUAUUUUACUUUAUUUAAAGAAGUUUUUGAUCCAAAAAACAGAGGAUACAUAGUCCCUGCAGAAAUUGAAGCUUCACUGAUUGCCAAUGGGUACUUAGAUGAAAAAAAUUCAGUUAUGGACUUAAUUGGUUACUUAGAAGCUGAUGAAAAUGGGAGAAUUCAAACUGAAGAGGUAGAAGCUUUGCUGCACCCUGACUUUGUGAAGCUGGAAGAGCCAAGCAAUAUUGAAGACGUUUUUACGAACUUUGACAAAGAUGAAGACAAUUUAAUUUCAGUUGAUGAUCUGAGAAAUACCAGCGAAUCACUUGGAUUUCCUUUAAGCUAUCGUCAAGCUGUUCUUAUGAUACAAGCAUUUGAUAGCGAUAAUGAUGGAAAAGUUAACUUAAUCUAGCCGCUUUAAUAAUUAAUAAUGUUUCUUAAUAUAUUAUAUUUAAAUAAAAAAAUAUAUUAAAUAUUAAAUGAGCUACAAGAAUUCUCCUCUAUAUUUCAAGCAGCUUAA